AUGUCGGCCGAUUCCCUAGAACGUCUCGCCAGCGCGGGCAAGGGAGAGAGCACUCGCACAUUGCUGCGGGUGAUUAUCCUCUUGCUUGUAGCCGGUGCUGCUAUUUCAAGCCGCCUGUUUUCUGUUAUUCGUUUCGAAUCUAUCAUCCACGAAUUCGAUCCUUGGUUCAACUUCAGAGCGACAAAAUACUUGGUCGCAAAUGGAUUCUACAAGUUCUGGGACUGGUUCGAUGACCGGACAUGGCAUCCCCUGGGCCGCGUCACUGGAGGUACUCUCUAUCCCGGCCUCAUGGUUACCAGCGGUGUCAUCUACCACGCCCUGAGGGCCCUCUCGAUUCCCGUCGACAUCCGGAAUGUCUGCGUCAUGCUUGCGCCGGCCUUCUCGGGUCUCACUGCUUACGCCGCUUACCUCCUCACCAACGAGAUGACCCCGUCUUCGUCCGCCGGUCUCCUUGCCGCCAUCUUCAUGGGUAUUGCCCCUGGCUAUAUCUCCCGUUCGGUUGCUGGCAGCUACGACAACGAGGCCAUUGCCAUUUUCCUGCUGGUCUUCACCUUUUACCUGUGGAUUAAGGCUCUCAAGCUCGGAUCCAUGCUUUGGGGAGCUCUUUGCGCCCUCUUUUACGGUUACAUGGUUGCUUCCUGGGGUGGUUAUGCCUUCAUCACCUGUCUCCUUCCCCUUCACGCCUUUGUUCUCAUCUGCAUGGGCCGUUACAGCACUAGACUUUAUGUUGCGUAUUGCACUUGGUAUGCAUUGGGAACAUUGGCCAGCAUGCAGAUUCCCUUUGUUGGUUUCCUGCCCGUCAAGACCAGCGAGCACAUGCCUGCUUUGGGUAUCUUUGGCUUCCUCCAGCUUUUGGCUUUCCUCGACUACGUUCGCUCAGCGAUUCCCAGCCGCCAGUUCCAGACCUUCUUGUGGGUCUUUGCUGGAAGUAUCUUUGGCAUUGGCCUCAUUGGUCUUGUCGUUGCUACCAGCGCUGGUUUCAUUGCUCCCUGGAGCGGUCGUUUCUACUCCCUGUGGGAUACGGGAUAUGCCAAGAUUCACAUCCCCAUCAUUGCCUCGGUCUCCGAGCAUCAGCCCACAGCAUGGCCCGCCUUCUUCUUCGAUCUCAACAUGCUCAUAUGGCUCUUGCCCGCUGGUGUCUAUCUGUGCUACCAGAAGCUGGCUGAUGAGCACGUCUUCGUCAUUGUUUACGCCUUGUUUGGCAGCUACUUCGCCGGUGUCAUGGUUCGUCUCAUGUUGACGCUCACCCCUGUUGUCUGCGUUGCGGCGGCCAUUGCGCUCUCCACUAUCCUUGACAUAUAUCUCAAGGCCAAGUCACCCAUCCCAGAGGAGCAUCUUCCUGAGGAAUCUACCGACGGUACCUCCAAGAAGGCAUCGAAGUCGGGUCUUAGGGCGUCGAACAAGCCAUACAUCGGCAUCUAUGCGACCUUCUCCAAGGUCACCGUUGUUGGUGCCAUGACCGCCUACCUAUUGUUGUUUGUUGCUCACUGCACAUGGGUCACCUCGAACGCCUAUUCGUCACCUUCAGUCGUCUUGGCCAGCAGGAUGCCCGAUGGUAGCCAGCACAUCAUUGACGAUUAUCGUGAGGCGUAUCAGUGGUUGCGCCAGAACACCAAGUAUGAUGCCAAGGUCAUGUCUUGGUGGGAUUAUGGCUACCAGAUUGGUGGCAUGGCCGACCGUCCCACGCUUGUCGACAACAACACCUGGAACAACACACAUAUCGCGACUGUCGGCAAGGCCAUGGCUUCCCGCGAGGAAGUCAGCUAUCCCAUCAUGCGCCAACACGAGGUGGAUUAUGUCUUGGUUGUUUUCGGCGGACUUUUGGGAUAUUCCGGCGACGAUAUCAACAAGUUCCUCUGGAUGGUUCGUAUUGCUGAGGGUAUUUGGCCUGACGAGGUCAAGGAGCGCGAGUUCUUCACGCCUCGUGGUGAAUACCGUGUCGAUGCCGGGGCUACCGAGACCAUGAAGAACAGCUUGAUGUACAAGAUGUCGUAUUAUAACUACAACAACCUCUUCCCCCCUGGACAGGCUCAAGAUCGCGUCCGUGGUGUCCGCCUUCCCGACGAGGGCCCGGUUCUCAACAGCAUUGAGGAGGCUUUCACGAGCGAAAACUGGAUUAUCCGCAUUUACAAGGUCAAGGACCUCGAUAACCUGGGCCGUGACCACGCUUCUGCUGCCGCAUUUGAGCGCGGCCAGAAGAAGAAGAAGGUGAUAAAGAAGAAGGGACCUCGGGUUCUGCGCGUAGACUGA